AUGGAUCUCGUCUUCGCGCAGCAUACAGUAGCUUGCACACACGAAGUAAAUCAUACCAGCAAUGAGCAACAACAACAACAACAACAACAACAACAACAACAACGGGUUUCAAUUUCACGGUCCGAUGUUUUCAAAUCCCCAGUCAAGCAGUGUCUCCCUGCAUCUCCCAUACCGCAUUCAACGCAAUCCUCCAAAACAUCCUCCAAUCCGGAAAAACAAAUUGCUAACCCACCCCUUCCUAUCCUCUUCGCAGGCUGGGUUGCAUGGAUGCAUCCAUGGUGUACAUAUAUAUCAACCCCAUAA